GAAGAGAGAAGCAAAAAUGUCGAAUUGCAGAUUUCUCUACCACAACGAUGUCAUUUUGGAGGCUCCCCCCGUCACCACCUUCCUUGAAUCGCAAACGGGUGCUUAUACAACGACGAGAACGAUAAACAAUGGCACUAGUUUCUUGUUCUGGGAGAGACAUAUGAAGAGACUUUCUAGCUCGAUUCGUAUCCUUUUGAAUUCGAAGCCAGAUCUUUUGUUCAGUUCUGGGUCAUCACCGCGGUUUUGGAUGAAUCAACCUGUUCCCUAUUCGAAUAUUUACGAUCUCGUCAAUGGUUCGAUGAGCGAGGCCCUGAAGUCUGUUGUGGUCAAGGAAAGUAAAAGAAGUUAUGAAGAAGAAUUAGCGGUAACUGUUCUUGUCACUGGUAAUGUGGAGAAAUUGAAUAGCUUAGAUGAUGGGAACAAUUGUGAUGAGGAGAGAAAGGUUCUGGAUUUUCUCGAUGUUUGGUUGCAUAUUGGUUACUCGCCUUUCCCGUUAAGCGUUGGAGAAAACGCCGCGAGUUUGGCUUUGGUUGGUCGUGGUCGAAAUGUUGCUGCUGCUAAGUACUCAGACUGGGUUAGACUGAGGAAGCCUCUGGAGAAGUUUAGACCUCUUUCGACUACUGAACUUCUUUUGUCAAACGAUGGUGAUCAUUUGCUUGAGGGCUGCAUCACCAAUUUCUUUGUAGUUUUCCGCAGGGUGAAGUCAUCUGAAAAUCUCUAUGGCGGGAGUUUGAACGAGUUUGAGGUGCAGACCGCGCCUAUAACUGAUGGUGUGCUUCCAGGAGUUAUAAGAGACAUUGUCAUCGAAGUGUGUUUAAGCAAGGGGAUCCCAUGCCGUGAGAGAGCACCCUCGUGGUCUGACCAUGAGCUUUGGGAAGAAGCCUUCAUUACAAGUAGUCUAAGGAUUUUGCAGCAUGUAGGAACGAUAAAAGUACCAGUUGGUUCAAUGGAGGCAUUGGCAUGUAAGAAACCUGAGGAGAUUCAGUGGAAGGAGAAAAGAUUUAAGGAAGGACCUGGGAUGAUCACUGAAUUAAUCCAGAAAGCGAUAAUGGAGAGAUGUGUAGAAGAAGGAUUCCCGUUGAAGGCCUUUUAGUUGCUCUUGAUGAUCUUGCCACAUAAUCAUCAUCACUUGUAUGAUUUAAAUUUAUCGAUUAAACGUUCACAAUGCCGUCGACCCUUUUAAAUAUAUGUAGUUGAUAUAAGUUUAUUGUCAUACUUAUGGUUGUGCUUAUGCUUCAA